AUGGCUCAGGACAAUCAAGCGCAGAUUGUUGAAAGUUUCAAGCAUAACGGGGCCGCAGAAGCAUCGAUACUUAAUGCCCCAGAGACAGAAUGGAAAGCAAGCAAAGAGGUGUUUCAAGUCCUCUUUUGCCUCUCAAUCAUCGGUUUGAUGGCCUCAUUGGACAUGACCAUCUUCCUACCUAUUCUUCCACUCAUAGCCAAAGAACUGAACGGUGAUGCCACCAGCACUUUCUGGGUAGGUAGCGCAUAUUUGGUACCCUGCGCAGCUUUCCAGCCUAUCAUGGCGUCGCUUUCCGACAUCUAUGGCAGGAGAAACAUGCUCGUUGCCUCCCUGAGCUGCUUCGUGAUCGGAUCCAUUGUGGGAUGCGUCGCUCACAAUAUGGCUACCCUCUUGGCCGGUCGUGUGAUCCAGGGUGUGGGAGGAGGUGGACUCAUUCCACUCUCAAUGAUUGUUCUCACUGAUAUUAUCCCCUUGCGUCAACGGCCCAAGUUUGCUGCCAUCGUUCAGUUGUCCAUGGCACUAGGAACUAUCCUUGGGCCCCUAAUUGGGGGCUGCUUUGAGGACUAUACCAGCCGCUCAACUGGAUGGCGCUGGGUCUUCUACAUUAAUUUUCCGCUCUCGACCGUGGCAGGAUUGAUGCUUUUCACGUCGGUCAGGUUCAAAAAAGGCGCGGUGCAACUUCGUUCGGUCGAUUGGAUCGGCCAGGCAUUGUUUAUUACGAGUCUUUCCAGCUUCUUAGUUGGUCUCUCAUGGGGCGGAGUGCAGUAUUCCUGGGGGAGCUAUCACACUUUGGUUCCACUAUGCCUCGGCGUGGGUGGAAUCGUCGCAACAGGAUUCUGGGAAUUCCUGGGGACUAAUCAUCCGUUUUUACGUCUGUCGGUACUUACGGAUCGAUCCUCCCUGGCCGUGUAUGCUGCCGCUAUUGUCCAAGGAAUUAUGAUGUACGGUGAACUGUAUUACAUCUCUCUAUACCUACAAGCCGUCAAACUUAUGUCUGCCGUCAUGAAUGGAGUCGGCCUGUUACCCGUCUCUGUCUCCCUUAUGCCCACGAGCAUAGUAGUGGCGGUCAUUAUCUCCAAAACCGGGCGGUACCGCUGGGCCCUCUGGUUCGGUUGGGUCGCUACCAUCGCAGCUACCGGCGCCACCAUCAUACUAAACAAGCACACUAGCACAGUCGCCUGGAUAUUCAUGUUCGCCGCUGUGGGCCUUGGCCAUGGGGUCCUAUUCAACGCUCUUCUGGUCGCAGCGCACGCCUCCUCGCCAGCCAAAGAUGUGGCAUACGCCGCUUCACUAUACACUUUCUUCCGGACGCUGGGUUUUGCCAUCGGUGUUAUCAUAGGUGGGACGGUGCUGCAGAAUUUCAUGGCAACAAAACUAAGUGAAUUGGGACUUCCGAGUACCAUCGCCUACAAUGCAGAAGGUUUUGUUGCCACCCUUAAAACGUUGCCAGUUGGGUCUGCGGUGCGCGAAGGGGCUCUAACUGCAUAUGUGUAUGGCCUGGACGGAGUCUUUGAGGUUAUAACGGGCAUUGGAGCUCUGGGUCUUUUAGCUACGCCAUUUGUUGCAGGACGAACUAUGAAUACACCUUUGGAGUCUGAUCAUGUCUUGCGAGAUGCAAAGGAUGGGGCAUGA